GAUGAAUACAAUAGUAAGAGUAAAUCAAUGAUAAUAAUGAACAACCAAUUGGAUCAAACAUAUUGUCAUCAAAUACGAUGUCAUCACAAACAGGCAAUCAAUAAACUGAUGUCUUGUAUGACAAACUGUGGCAUUGAUUCAGUUAAGACAUCAAAUCAUGUGAACGCAAAACAAGAACCACAUAUCGACCACAAGAUAUUAUUAGCAUUGAUUCAAUUGAUCCACUAUUACCACAAACAACUCAAUUACAUUGACGAUAAUAGUAAUGAGGAUAAUAAUAGUGAUAUCAGUCAACAUAUUGACAACAAUCAAAUGGAUGUACAAUUGAUACUAAAGACAUUACAAUCGAUCCGACUAUGGCUUCUCAACAAUUACUGUUCACAUCAAUUGAUAGUUUGGUUGACAUCAGUGACAUCGGAGUCAGAGUUGUCGACAUUAGAUGAGAACAGAUGGUGGACUUUGGCUCUAUUGGUAUUGAAUAUUAUGUAUAAACAAAGGAUAUGUCUAACGGAGCAUAAGAUGAUGUUGGAGUUGGCGUGGAUUUGUUUGUCUGAAUUGGAUCCAUGGCUCGCACCCAUCAAAGUCAAUAAAAAACAUUUGUUAUCAGUUCUUCAGAAUGCCAUUAAUGUGGAGAAAGUGGAUAACAAAGUACCCACAGAUGAAUGUCUAGAUUUACAACAAGAGGUCAAACGAUUGAGACUAAAGAUAAUUGAUUUGCAAAGAAAUAUCAUUAAAAUGAAUAAAGAAAAACAAUUAUUAACUAAAAGAGAUGUCGUUAUUGGGACCAAAACAGGCGGACAUAAGAGGAUGACUAACAAUUCAAUCAAGAGAGCCAUGAAUAAAGAUAAUGAGUCCAAUGAUAGCCAGUUGGACAUCAAAGUUGACCUCAAAGCCAAUGAUGGCUUCAAUUGUGACAUCUGUAACAAACCGUUUGGAUCAGCCUAUCGGCUCAAUCGGCACAUGUAUUCGCAUACUGGUCAGCGGCCAUACAGUUGUUUAUGGCCGGCGUGUAACCGACAGUUCAACGAUAACUAUCAUUUAAAGCGCCAUAUGUUGACACACACUGGAGAGAAACCAUACAUUUGUGAAUCAGUUGAUUGUGGCAAAAGGUUUUCCCGACCCGAAGAUUUGAAAUCACAUCAAAAAAUACAUUCAUUGACCGUAACCUCAACUAUGGACAAUGUUGUGGUGACCACUACUUCUCCCGAUACACACAUAUAACAACAGUUAUAAUCUUUAAAACAAAUAUUUAAACUAUAUUUUCAAUUAAUAGCUUAUCAUAAUUACCGGUAAUUUAUUAUUAUUACCGUAAAUGACAUGUAAU